CCAAUGAGCGGGCGGCAGCGUCGUGUAAUCGGUCGUCAGAUUGUGGUGCGACCACAGGAGCGGAGGAGGAGACGACGGACGGCAGAGGACUCAUCCCCGGUACGAGGAGACGCGACCCUUCAGCUGGUGUCACUUCUCUCCAGGACCAGUGUCCGGUACUUCUGCAACUAACUACCUCCGCUGACGAGGUCCUGUGCAAGCCAGCGCUGCCAUGUCGGCGAAAGCCAUCUCAGAGCAGACAGGAAAAGAUUUCUUAUAUAAGUAUAUCUGCACUUCAGUGGACGUGCAGAAUCGCUUUUCCUAUGCCAGAGUAACCACUGAGACUGACUGGGACCGCCUCACGCAGGAGCACCCAUGGCUGCUGACAGAGCGGCUCGUGGUGAAGCCGGAUCAGCUGAUCAAGCGGCGCGGGAAGCUUGGGCUGGUGGGCAUUAACCUGGACCUGCAGGGUGUCAAGGAGUGGGUCAGAGGCCACCUCAUGAAAGAGACCACUGUUGGGAAGGCAAAGGGUGUGUUGAAGAACUUCCUCAUUGAGCCAUUUGUGCCACACACACAGGAGGAGGAGUUUUAUGUGUGUAUCUAUGCCACACGUGAGGGCGACCAUGUGCUUUUCCACCACGAGGGAGGAAUGGAGGUGGGCGAUGUGGACACCAAGGCCCAGAGGCUGAUGGUGGCAGUGGACGACAAGCUCAGUGAAGACCAAGUCAGAGAUCAGCUCCUCACACACGUUCCUGAAAAUAAGAAAGAAGUCCUGUCUAGUUUUAUCGUCAGUCUCGUCAACUUUUAUGAGGACCUCUAUUUCACCUACCUCGAGAUCAACCCCCUUGUUGUCACUGACCAAGGAGUGUACGUCCUUGACAUGGCCGCCAAGAUUGAUGCCACAGCAGAUUACAUCUGCAAGGCUAAAUGGGGUGACAUUGAGUUCCCACCACCUUUCGGCAGAGAGGCAUAUCCAGAGGAGGCCUACAUAGCAGAUCUGGAUGCAAAAAGUGGGGCCAGUCUGAAGCUGACCCUGCUGAACCCCUGUGGCCGGAUCUGGACCAUGGUUGCAGGAGGAGGAGCUUCGGUUGUGUACAGUGACACCAUCUGUGACUUGGGUGGGGUGGAUGAGUUGGCAAACUAUGGCGAAUAUUCUGGUGCUCCCAGCGAACAGCAGACCUACGACUAUGCAAAGACCAUCCUCUCUCUCAUGACGCGUGAAAAACAUCCUGAAGGGAAAGUGCUGAUCAUUGGAGGAAGUAUUGCCAACUUCACCAAUGUAGCAGCCACAUUCAAGGGCAUUGUCAGAGCCAUCAAAGACUACCAAGGUCCUCUGAAGGAACAUGAGGUCACAAUCUUUGUUCGACGUGGUGGACCCAACUACCAGGAGGGCCUGAGGGUGAUGGGGGAAGUUGGAAAGACAACGGGUAUUCCUAUACAUGUUUUUGGUACCGAAACUCAUAUGACAGCCAUCGUUGGAAUGGCCAUGGGCCACCGGCCAAUCCCCAACCAGCCUCCAAUGGACGCACAUACCGCCAACUUCCUCCUCAACGCCAGCAAUAGUGCAAUGACUCCAGCUGCUACAAGGACGGCAUCAUUCUCUGAACCCAGGACUCCUAAUGAUGCCACCCCAGCGAAAAAGUCUAAAGCAGGUCUUCCAGCAGCCAAAGCCACCACACUCUUCAGAAAACAGACCAAGGCCAUUGUCUGGGGCAUGCAGACCCGUGCUGUGCAAGGCAUGAUGGACUUUGACUACGUUUGCUCCCGGGACGAACCCUCAGUGGCAGCCAUGGUCUAUCCCUUCACUGGGGAUCACAAGCAGAAGUUCUAUUGGGGGCACAAAGAAAUCCUGCUGCCAGUCUAUAAGAACAUGGCCGAUGCCAUGAAGAGGCAUCCAGAGGUGGACGUCCUGAUCAGUUUUGCAUCACUGCGCUCCGCAUACGACAGUACGAUUGAGGCCAUGCAGCACCCACAGAUUCACACUAUUGCCAUUAUAGCUGAGGGCAUCCCUGAAGCACAGACAAGAAAGUUGAUCAAGAUGGCUGAUGAAAAAGGUGUCACGAUCAUUGGCCCUGCCACGGUUGGUGGCAUCAAGCCUGGCUGUUUUAAAAUUGGUAAUACAGGCGGUAUGCUGGACAACAUCCUUGCUUCCAAACUUUACCGUCCUGGCAGUGUGGCUUAUGUGUCGCGCUCUGGGGGUAUGUCCAACGAGCUGAACAACAUCAUCUCCCGCACCACAGACGGCGUCUAUGAAGGUGUUGCCAUUGGAGGAGACAGAUAUCCAGGCUCCACAUUUAUGGAUCACGUCCUUCGUUACCAGGACACUCCAGGGGUUGAGAUGAUAGUCAUGCUUGGAGAGAUCGGAGGCACAGAGGAGUACAAGAUCUGCCAAGGCAUCAGAGAGGGCAGGAUAACCAAGCCUGUAGUCUGCUGGUGUAUUGGAACCUGUGCCACCAUGUUUGCUUCAGAGGUUCAGUUUGGCCAUGCAGGGGCCUGCGCCAACCAGGCUUCCGAAACGGCAGUAGCCAAGAACCAGGCUCUGAGGGACGCCGGAGCCUAUGUUCCAAAGAGCUUCGACGAGCUGGGAAACGUCAUCAAGACCGUUUAUGAUGAGCUGGUGGCCAAUGGUACAAUCAUUCCUGCCCAGGAGGUUCCUCCCCCAACGGUACCUAUGGAUUACUCCUGGGCAAGGGAGUUGGGACUGAUCCGUAAACCAGCCUCGUUCAUGACGAGCAUCUGUGACGAGCGCGGCCAGGAGCUCAUCUACGCUGGCAUGCCAAUCACUGAGGUCUUUAAAGAGGAGAUGGGUUUAGGAGGAGUGCUGGGCUUGCUCUGGUUCCAGCGCAGGUUGCCGCGCUACGCCUGCCAGUUCAUUGAAAUGUGCCUGAUGGUGACUGCGGACCACGGGCCAGCUGUGUCCGGUGCACACAACACCAUUGUCUGUGCUCGUGCUGGCAAAGACCUUAUCUCAAGCCUCACCUCUGGCCUACUCACCAUCGGGGACCGAUUUGGAGGGGCUCUGGAUGCAGCUGCAAAGCAGUUCAGCAAAGCAUUCGACAGCGGCAUGCUCCCCAUGGAGUUUGUCAACAAGAUGAAGAAGGACGGGAAGCUGAUCAUGGGCAUUGGCCACAGGGUCAAAUCGAUCAACAACCCCGACAUGCGGGUGCAGAUUCUGAAGGACUUUGUUAAGCAGCAUUUCACCUCCACCCAGCUGCUCGACUACGCCCUCGACGUCGAGAAAAUCACCACCUCAAAGAAACCCAACCUGAUCCUUAAUGUAGACGGUUUUAUUGGUGUUGCCUUUGUGGACCUGCUCAGGACGUGUGGCGGCUUCACACGAGAUGAGGCUGACGAGUUUGUGGAGAUCGGUGCUCUGAAUGGGAUCUUUGUCCUUGGCCGGAGUAUGGGCUUCAUUGGCCAUUACCUGGACCAGAAGAGACUGAAACAGGGUUUGUACCGACACCCCUGGGACGACAUCUCCUAUGUUCUGCCUGAACACAUGUCCAUGUAAACUGCACAUCAGACUGGGACGCACUUCCUGAUGCGACCACCUGUCUCACUUGGUGUAUUUGUACUAUCCGGUUAUGACAACAGCUGCCUUCUAAAAAAAAAAA